CUUCCUCAAGCCACACACUUAAAACACCAAGGCCACCCUGCUUUGACUUAUGUAUUUUCUGGGUGAAGAAGACUCAGAUCCUCUAUCAAAUAAAAAGGAAGUUGGAAGGGGAAAUGACACCUCCAUGACAUAUUAGUCCCUGAAAAUCUGAGUGGUUUGCAUUAUUUUGGAGACAGCAAGAAAGGAACAUCUCAGAAGAGAGGCCUCACCCUUUGGUUUUUACCACAAAAGAAAAAAAGAAAUUUUUCUUCAGCAAGUACCCAUCUGAAGCCAUGGGUCACACACUGAUGCGAGGAACACCACCAGCCCAGUGGCCACAGUUCAAGCUCUUUCGGCUCUUAGUGUUGACUGGCCUUUUUCACUUCUGUUUAGGUGACAGCCAGGUGACCAAGGCAGUGAAGGAAAUGGCAGUGCUGUCUUGUGAUUACAACAUUCCCACUCCUCAGCUGACGAAUUUUCGAAUUUACUGGCAAAAGAAUAAUGAAGUGGUACUUACUAUCAUAUCCGGGAAGGUAUCGGUGUGGCCCAAGUACAAGAACCGGACCUUGGUGGACAUCUCCAAUAACCUUUCCGUCGUCAUCCUGGCUCUGCGCCUGUCGGACAAGGGCACGUACACCUGCAUCGUUCAGAAGACUGACAAUGGCGUUUACAGGCGGGAACAUCUAGCUUUGGUGAAGUUAUCCAUCAGAGCCGACUUCCACGAUCCUAUUAUAACUGACUUGGGAAGCCCAUCUGCUGGCAUUAAAAAGAUACUUUGUUCAACCUCUGGAGGUUUUCCAGAGCCUCACCUCUCCUGGUUAGAAAAUGGAGAAGAAUUAAAUGGGAUGAACCUUACAGUUUCCCAAGAUCCCGAAACUGAACUCUAUGCUAUCAGCAGUGAACUUCAUUUCAAUCUGACAAGAAACCAUACCUUUGUUUGUCUUAUCAAGUAUGGAGACCAAGAAGUAUCACAGACCUUCCCCUGGAUAAUACCCACGCCUUCUCCUCCUGUUGAACCAUUCCCACUCUGGGUCAUUAUCCUCAUCACAAUCAUUGGGAUUUGUGGGAUCAUUGUAUCAAUCAUGUGCUGCCGGAACCACAUUUGCGUUUAUCUCAGAAGACCUGCCACAAGACGUAGAGGGAGCAUCUGAAGGUCCCACCUGCAUCUGUGAUUGACCUCUUCUUGGAGCUUCCUCAAAUGGCAGGACUGCCCACCUGGCCUUUCAUAUAACUGCUCUCUAGAAGUCUCUUCACUUCAGCAGUAUUUCAGGAAGUGACUAGAGGAGUACAGGAGGAACAGAAGUAGCUCUGGUGACCUUGAUCAAAUGGGUUUAGGAAUAUAGUUAUUCAGUCCUGGGAGGGAUAUUAGCGAAUACUAGUCUCAUUAAUAACGAGGACACCAAGGCCUAGGGAGGUGACCUGACUUGUGAAGGCCAGAGCCAGAGUCAGAGCCCAGAUCUCCUGGCUCUGGUGUUCAAGGCUGUAAUCCUUAUGGGAGCAGAUCACCAAGUCUUCUCCCGAGAAGCCAUUGGUUGAGUUUGAACCGCCAAACUUUCUGCGUGCUUCUGGAAAUAGAAUUUGUCCAGUAUCAGGUCAACUUUAGAGACUUGAUUUGAUUUCCUGAUACGAUCCUGGAAAGAUAUGUCAUGUUGCCUUUAAAAUGAGCCUAAUGUAUGGGAAGUGUGUUGGUAUGUACACCUAUAUAAGAGGAUAAUGGAAUAUUACUGGCAUUUAGCCAUAUUUCAUUUUUUCAUCGUGUUCCCCUCUUUGCUCUCCCACUUCUCCAUUAGGUUCAUAAGAAAGUAGAGCUAUCCAAACCUGAUUUCCUCUGACACGUACGGUGAACAACUUAUAUAUGCAUCUCAAAGCAGUAGGUUGGAGAGGGAUAGUUUGGUUUAAAGAUUCACACUCUACUGGUUCAUAUUGGACUGAUAAUCUCUUUGAAUAGCUUUAUGCUAGUUUAAACUUAUUUUUAAAAUAUUUUUAUGAGAAAGUUCUCAUUUAAAAUGAGACUGUUUUUACUGUGUAGGUACUAAACAGUAAACUAUUCCUAUAGAUUGAACAGUUUCCCCCAAAAUAAGUCAUUCUUAACUUCUAUGCCAGUGGCUAUAACCUUAUUUGGCAAUGGGCUGCCUUUGUUCUGGUAUUGAGGCAGCAUUAGUGCAGGGUGUAUCCUGAGUCAACCUCUUUUGAGAUAUAAAAAGAUUAAGUAAGUAAGCUAGGAAGCCAAGAUAGGGGAAGAGACAUGCCAAGCCACGUCACUGUCCGGGAGCAGAAGCUCAGAAGAGAUGAGGACCUUCCUCCAGGGCUGACAGAGGGAGAAAAUCUUCCCCUAGAGCUGUACCCUGAAUUCAGACUUCUAGCCUCCUAAACUGUGAGGGAAUAAAUUUCUGUUUUUUAAAGCCCUCGACUUGUAGUAUUUCUAUUAUAGCACUGUUAGAUAACUAAGACAACUCUGUUUAUAGAAAACUGACAAUAGGAUUCCAUAUGGCUUCCUUUCAUCCCCAAAGUGCUUUUCUUCUUUGGCAUUUCUGAAUCCUUCUGACAUCGGCAGAGAAUUAAAAAGAAAGAAGUGGCCAACCGUUGUUCCUACAAUGUUCCUCAUGACUCCUCCCUCUCUGAAGCUGCUCUUCACACUUCAUUGGAACAGGAGUUGAUCUGACUUAAGCUGGGCCGAUCAGACAUUUUCAUCUGAAAAUUUAGAGUUAGACAUCAAGAGCUGACCAAGUUUCUCCAAUGUGGCUCAAUUUAAAAUGUUUAAUUUUGGCUGCUGUAAAAGGGCAGAUUCUGCCAUACAGUCUGAGGAGCAGAAACAUGGUCGUGAACAGUUGUCCCCAGCACUAAACCCACUGGAGAUAAUAACAGUAGUGGGCUCUAAAGCCCUAAAUAAACAAACAAGAUAAUAGGAAUUGAUGCAUUUAGUUAAGAUUCAUAAUCCUCAAGACAUGAUCCAAAAAAGACUUCACCAAGUAAAUCGCCACCAAAGAGGACAAACUUAGGGAACAACCUAAUCACGUCUCAAAUUUUAGGUGGCUUACAUGAAAUUACUGCUUAUCAUAUUUGAUAAAUGUGUUAAUACUACUUUUCUAAAAAGUUAUAUUUUACUUUUAUUUUCUGAUAAACUGUUUUUAUGAAAACAAUUCUGAAAAGUAACCAUCUAAUUUUAUUUCUAGUUGAAGGAUUUAAGCUACAUAUGGGUGUAAAUAAAACAAUGAGCAGGCUAAUUUGUCAGCAAUUUAUGAAUACUAUAAUUAAGAAAAACAUACCUAUGCAGUGUGGUGGUAACGUGCAAAUCAUGACAAUAUCCUAGUGCAGAGGUUCCCAAAUCCUUAUAACCACCAAUAUUUAUUAACUGUUUUCCUGUGUGCCAGGGCAUUGUGCUCAAGGCUUUAAAUGCAUCAUUUCAUUUAAUACCCACUCAGAGGCAGGUACUACUUCACUUCACAGGUGAGAAAACUGACACUUAAAGGAAAAUGGCUUUGCCAUAGGUCACAUGGUGACUAAGCCACACGGCUGCAACUACAGCCCCUAGUAUAUCUCCAGAGCCCUAGUUUUAGCCAUUACACUACACUGCUUCACAAAUCUUGCUGCUGUGGAACAACGGUAUCCUCUGAGUAGGAACAAAGGGGUCUGUCUCAGGCUGGGUUCUCCAGAGAAGCAAAAGCAAUGCAGUGUAUAAAUACAUAUAGAGAGAGAUUUGUAUCAAGGAAAUGGCUCACGCAGUUGUAGUGGCUGGAAAGUCCCAAGCUCCUGGGUCAGGCUGGAGGUUUUUCUUGACUCAUGUAGCCACAGGGGCUGAUGAAUCCAAGAUCAGAAGGUCAGACAAGAGGUCUCUGGCUCACAGGCAGUGUAGGCCGAUGAAUCCCAAGAUCGGCAGUAAGACGCAGGUAAGCUGUUAGCUCAAGUUCCAAGAACUGGAGGUCAAAUGAACAGGAGCCAGCUGCACGAUCCAGAGCAAGCAAAAGCCAGCUAGCCUUGGUGGAAAGUCCACCUAUAUCGGAUGCAUGCCACAUCCCCAAGGAAGCUCCCUUCCGACUGAUUGGCUGUUCACAACAGAUUUCAUCAUGGAGGUGAUUAAUUACGUCAUUAAAAAGCUGACGGACCACAUCAUAACUGCCAAGCCACUAAAGAUCAUGGCCCAGCCAAAUUGACACACAACCUUAACCACCACAGACUCUAACACCAAAACAAAAUACUAGCAGUUUUCUCCUACUCGAUACACUUAUUUUAGUUCGAUAAUUUUUUUUCUUCCCUUUUAGUAAAAGUUACAAUCUGCAGGACAGCUUCCUUCUUAUGCAGCAAGCUCCUGGAGUGUAGAGGCUGUGUAUCUCUUCUAAGUAACUCCUGCAUACUACAGGGUAGAUGGCUGGUCAGCCAUAUUAAUAAUAAAUUAACUAAGAGGAAACAAAGUCCUGCUGUUUCUUUAAUAAUGCUUAUCUACCUCCUUUUUGUUAACUUUGUAUUUUAUUUCAAAUGGCACAGGAAGCAUCUUCGAUUUCUAAUAAAACGAAAUUGAACACUGUUAUACAUUUAGCGUACACUGCUUUCAGGUCUCAAGGUCAAAAGGGUUUCGCAGGUCGUUUGCCUUACCUGCCUCUUUCCUCUCCUCCUCCUAGGGACUCCCAGAACACCAUUUAAAGGGCAACAUGGAUAAAUACAUUCAUGCACAAUUCAACUUGGAUAUUUUGGGAAAUGUUUUAUUUACUUUUGUAAAAUCCACUGAAAAGAGGCAUACACUAACAUACGUAUUAAUAUAUAUUACCCUCACUUUAUUUAGCCUUAAAUUUAGAUACAUAUUUACAUCCCUAUUGGUUAGAUAUAAAUAUGUAUUUAAAUUUAAGGCUAAGUAAAGUGAGGGUACAACAGCCCAAUUCUUGGUUGAAAAAAAAAAGUUAAGUCACUGCUGCUACAGGUACCAGCGUUUACUAGACAGGGUCGCGGCCCGACCACUGGUGCCAGCGCACAGGAGAACACAGUUCCCUUCAACUCUCCAGUGGCUUUCAAGUCCAGAACGUUUUUAGGCCUUGUCUUCUCUAUCUGUUGAUGAAGGGUUUCUAGGAAGGUUUAAUAGUGCUUCAAUUUUCUUAGCAUCAUCCUCAGAUCGAUUUUUCUGUAAGCUACUUUCAAUCUCUUCAGGGAUGAACUCAGUCAUUUGUAGUCUGGUUUUCCUGUAAUCAAAGGACAAAAAGGAUAUAUCAAGUACCAUUCCAUUUCUUUAGUUCCCACAGAGAUUUAAAAAAAGAAACAAAAAAACAGUAUUGUUACUCUCCCUGCUUCGGUAGGAGAACUCAGAAGUAAACACUGCUAUCUGUACUUUAAAAACUUGACUUUCUUCUCUCUCCUAACCUGUUCUAGCUCUGAUCCCUAAGAUACCCCAGAAUGCUGGGUCCUAGAGUUAUGAGUGAUGUGAGGGAGCUAAAGCACCCUGCACUGAGGUGUGAGCCUCACUGCCUGGUUUUCUCUUGCCUCAGGGCCAGGGGAAUGUGACCACACUGCCUCUCUGUAAAACUUUCUGUUGCCAGUCCUUGUAGGAACUGGACAAAGGCUAUAAAAAUGGUAAUAUAGGUAGGAAAGAGAUAAAUAGGACAGCAGUACAGAUGUAUACUGUAUUAAUGAAGAGUUAAAAUAUAAUUCCAAAUAAUGUUGCUGACAACCUAAUGUUGUUAGGUGCGGUCAAGUCAGCUCUGACUCAUAGUGACCCUACGUGCAACAGAAUGAAACACUGCCUCGUCCUACGUUGUCCUCAUAAUCAUUGCUAUGUUUGAUCAUAUUGUUGCAGCCACUAUGUCAAUCCAUCUCGUUGAGGGUCUUCCUCUUUUUCGCAGAUGCUUUAUGUCACCAAGCAUGAUGUCCUUUUCCAGGGACUGGUCCCUCCAAAUAAUAGAUCGGUUCUUUUUCUACAGUAUUAGCAUUUGUGGCACAGUGGUUAAGAGCUAAAGGUACUAACCAAAAGGUCGACAGUUGGAAUCCACCAGCUGCUCCUUGGAAAACCCAUGGCGCAGUUCUACUCUAUCCUAUAGGGUCACGAAGAAUCGUGAUCAACUCAACGGCAACGGGUUUGGUUUCUUUAAAAGGGGUCAUAUAUAACUUUCUUCUCAAUUCCUCACAACUAGAUUUGACGUUUCUUCUUCUAUAUCUCUACUGCUAGUUCUCUAUAUUUUCUACUCAAUGAGGCAAUUUUUAAGACUCUCGUUUUGUUUGAUUUCCUUAGUUAUUCCUAAGCAAAGAAGCAGACAUAGAAUUACUAAUUAUUGAAUUAACUAACCUCAGCAAUAUCACACAGACACACACACACAUAUUACAUUCCUGACACUAUUUCCUUCUGCCAACCAAAGUAUUCUUUCAUUAUUAUAAUUCAAGUUAUUGUUCUUGCCCAUUCUCAAGGUUUUCCAUUUCUAAAUAACUGAUCAGCUUUUUUAGUUUUUCUGACUUCCUAUUCUUUUUAACUGAAAUACAGUUAUUACUUGUAUUUUCCCAAAUGCUAAUUCUUCCUUUACUUCCUACAUCACAUUCAAAUAUCCAGUAUGUUUUCUGUAUUCUUCCAAGCCCUUUCUCAAAACUUCCUUUUUAAAAGUCUCUUAUGUCACCCGGAGAACCAGGAAUAUGCUAAUGCCUUCAUGAACUGAAUUCUCCAUAAUAACAAAUUUAUGCUGGCAUUAAGCGUUUUAAGUGCUUCAUCCUACAAUCUAGAUAUCUGCAUACCCCACUUACCCUCUGACCAUGCAGAUGAAGAAUGAAACAAGCAUACAUUGAGUGCUGCGGUACCAUUCUGCCCUUAGAGUGGCAAACAAAAACAAACCAAACCCAUUGUCAUCGAGUCGAUUCCAACUCAUAGCGACCCUGUAGGACAGAGUAGAACUGCACCAUAGAGUUUCAAGGAGUGCCUGGCGGACUCGAACUGCCAAACCUUUGGCUAACAGCCAUAGCACUUAGCCACUACACCACCAGUGUUUCCCUUAGAGUGGCUAAGAAAACGGAAAGUUUAAAGUUAAGGAAAAUAUCUAAGGUCAGAGAAUUAAUAGCAUAGCUGGGAUUUAAAGCCAAAUUUUAAGGCGUCAUUUGCUCCAAAAUCAAUGCUCUUUCUCCUGUAGACCUUGGGUCCUUGGACAGCAGGCCUACAGACACUAAGGAAUUUCCUGAGAGAGAGUGUGUGUGUGUGUGUGUUUAGCACAAGUGGACAUUUCAGAUAAAAACGCUGGAAAAAAUGACUGCUCAUCAAUUUAACUACCAAGGCGGCAGCAGAUGUCAUCUGCUGGCACCCCACCAGGCUCUGAAGAUCUGAGAAAAAUCCCCUUAUUUCGGCAAUGAGAGGGGAAAAGUAAUCAUUUUGAAAUGCCCAGACCACUCUGUUCUCCUUAACAAUGGCUAUUUUACCAGAGUCUGAUCAACCUGGGUUUUACCAGAACCAAACUGACAUGGGGGAAUGGGGGAAGGGAAAUACCCAGCUCAGUCCCAUCUACCCAUUAAUGCGAGGGAAGGGAAAUACCGAUUCCUGUCCUCUCCAGCCUUUGUCUCACACCUAAGGAGUGAUUAAAUAAAAGCUUAGAAGCACUAUGAAGACCACACCCCAGGGACUGCGGCUCGCCAAGAGCUGAACCCUCGUCACAGGAUUAUAGUCUUCCGACCCUCCAUGCCUUACUCCCACAUCAACAGGGAUCCUGCAUAACAGGAUUACAACUGAGAGAACUGUGAGAUUCAGGUCUUACUUAAAAAGUCAUCCCUGGGGAAACCCAAAGACAAUAAAAAAAACCACCAAACCCACUGCCAUCAAGUCGAUUCUGACUCAUAGUGACCCUACAGGACACAGUGGAACUGCUACCAUAAGGUUUCCAAGGAAUGGCUGCCACCAGUCGAAUGGCCGACUUUUUGGUUAGCAACCAAGCUCCUAACCUCUGUGCCACCAGGGCUCUACAGGACAACAGGGGAGACAAAAACAAGAAUACCAGAGGAAACUUUAGCCUCUGAUGGCUACAGCAAACAAAAGAUACAACCUAACUUCUAGGUAGAUAAACAUAAAACUUCACACCAGAGGCCUAUUUAGCUCAGGCAAAAAAAAAAAAAAAAAAAGCGACAAGUAAAAAACAUGCCCUGCUUUCAAGAAAAAAAAUUACAAGGCAUACUAAAGGGCAAAAAAAUACAGUGUGACAAGAGGGCAAGCACUAGAACCAGACUCAGAUAUGAUGGAGAUUAAUGAAUUUCCAGGCUAGGAAUUUAAAAUAACUAUUAUUAAUUAUGCUAAGGGUUCGAAUUAAAAAAAGUAAACAACAUGCAAGAACAGACAAGUAAUGUAAACAAAGAGAAGGAAACUCUAAGAAAGAAUCAAAAGAAAAAGUCAGAAAUGAAAAACACUGCAGCAGAAAUGAUGAAUGCCUUUAAUGGGCCCAUCACUAGAUUGGACACUGCCCAGAGAAGAAUCAGUGAACUUGAAGAUACGUCAAUAGAAACUUCCCCAACUGAAAAGGAAAAAAAAAACAAUGAAAAAGCUAAACAGAAUAGCCAAGAACCACGGGGCAAUUACAAAACGUGUGACCUGUGCAUAAUAGAAAUACUGUAAGAAAGAAGAAAGGAACAGCAAAAAUAUUUGAAGUAAGAAUGACUGAGAAUUUUCCAGAACUGUUGACAGAUACCAAACCAUAGAUCCAGGAAGCUCAGAAGACACCAAGCAAGACACAUAUUUUUAAAAAUCUACAUGUAGGCAAAUCAUAUUCAAACUGUGGAAAAUCAAAAAUAGAAAAUCUUCAAACACAUCAGAAGGAAAAAAACACCAUACCUAUAGAAGAGCAAGAAGAAGAGAGUGAAGCAAAAUAUUUAAAGUGCUGCAGAAAAAUACCCACCAGCCUAUUCUGUAUCCAACAAAAUUAUCCUUCAAAAUGAAAGUGAAACACCGUCUCAGACAAAUAAAAGUUGAAGAAAUUCGUUGCCAGCAGACUUGCCCUUCAAGAAUUGUUAAAAGAAGUUCCUCAGAAAGAAGGAAAGUAACAUAGGUCAGAGACUCCAACUGCCUCACGGGGUUUCCAAGGCUGUAAAUCUUUACAGGAGCAGAUUGCCGUAUCUGUCUCUUGGGGAGCAGCUGGUAGGUUCAAACCGGUAACCUCCUGGUUUGUAGCCUAGCGCUUAAACGCUGGGUCUACAUAAAGGAAAAAAAAAAACAAACUCGUUGCCAUCGAGUCAAUUCUGACUCAUAGUGACCCUACAGAACAGAGCAGAAAUGCCCCACGUGGCUUCCAAGGAGCACCUGUCAGAUUCAAACUGAUGGCCUUUUCAGUCAGCAGCCACAGCUCUUAAGCAUUGUGCCACCAGGGUUCCCAGAAUCAUAUAAAAGGCUCAGUUAAAACCAGAGAAGGCAGAAAAGAGUGAAAGCCAAAUGAAAAGAAAGAACAAGUGCAACAAACAGAAAACAGUUAAAAAUAGAAACCCACUGCUGUAGAGUCGAUUCUGUCUGACAGAGUAGAACUGCCCCAUGGGGUCUUGAAGGAGUGGCUGGUGGAUUCGAACUGCUGACCUUUUGAUUAGCAGCCAAACACUAACCACUGCAGCACCAGGGCCCUUUGAGAAAUAUAGUAGAUGUUAAUGCAGCUGUAUCAACAAUCACUUUAAAUCUGAAUGGCCGAAAUACAUCAAUUACAGAACAGAGACUAUCAGAGUGGAUAAAAAAUAAAACCUGACUACAUGUUGUCUACAAGAAACCCACUUUAAAUAUAGACACUGAUAAAUUGAAAAUAAAGGAACGAAGAAAGAUACACUAUGCUAACACUAAUCAAAAGAAAGCAGGAAUAACUAUUUUAAUUUCAGACAAAGCAGGUUUCAAAGCAAGGAAAAUCAUCAGAGAAAAAGGGGGAGAACGAAUAAUGAUUAUAGGGUCAAUUCUCCAAAAAGACAUAACAAUCCUGAAUGUGCAUACACCUAACGACCAAAAAAAAAAAUGAAACCCACUGCCAUCAAGUCGAUUCCGACUCAUAGCAACUCUGUGGGACAGAGUAGAACUGCACCACAGAGUUUCCAAGGAGCGCCUGGCAGAUUCGAACCGCUGGCCUCUUGGUUAGCAGCCGUAGCACUUAACCACUACGCCACCAGAGUUUCCACACCUAACAACAACAGAGCAUCAAAAUACACGAGGUAAAAACUGAAAGAAUCGCAAGAAGAAACAGAUAAGUCCACCACUAUGGCUGGAGUCGUCAGCACCCCUCUGUCUGUCAGCACCUGACAGAUAGAGCAGGUAGAAACCAGUGAGGAUACAGCUGGACUGAAGAGCACCAUCAAUGAAUGUGAUCUAACUGACACACACAGAAUACUGCGUCCAACAGCAGCAGGAUACACACUCUCCUCACGCUCACAGGGAACAUUCACUAAGACAGACUGCGUCCUGAGCCAUAAUACAAACCUUAACAAAUGUAAAAGAAUAAAAUCUUACAAAGUAUGCUCUCAAAACACAAUAGAAUUAAACUAGAAAUCAAUAACAGAAAUAUAGAAAUCCCCAAGCAUUUAGAGACUAAACAUACUUCUAGAUAACUUACAGGUCAAAGAAGAAUUCUAGAGACUAAAAACCAUUUUGAACUAAAUGAAAACAAAAAUACAACUUACAAAAAUUUGUAAGAAGCAGCAAAAGCAAUGCUUAGAGGGAAAUUUAUAGCAUUAAAUGCACAUAUCAGAAAAAAAGAAAGAUCUAAAACCAAUAAUCUAAGCUUCUACCUUAGGAAACUAGAAAAAGAAGAGCAAAUUAAAUUCAAACAAAGCGGAGUUUAAAAAAAAAAAAAACACUAGAGAAAUCAAUUAAACUGAAAACCAGAAAUUAAUAGAGAAAAUCAACAAAACCAAAACUGGCUCUUUGAAAAGAUCGAUAAAAUUUAACCAAGGAAAAUAAGAGAGAAGACACAAUUUAUUAACAUCAGAAAUGAAAGAGGGGCUAUCACAAUUGAUCCCAUGAAUGUUAAAAGGAAAAUUAAGGAAUAUUAUGAACAACUCUAUGCCCACAAACUGAGUCAGAACUGACUCAACAGCACCUAACAACAACAUGCCCACAAACUUGAUAACUUAGAUGAAAUGGACCUAUCUUACAAAAUUCAUACAAGUAUAAAUACAUAAUCUAUAUAUAUAAAAAAAAAACCUAUAGGUCUAUGGAAACCCUGGUGACAUAGUGGUUAAGUGCUACGGCUGCUAACCAAGAGGUCAGCAGAUCAAAUCCACCAGGUGCUCCUUGGAAACUCUAUGGGGCAGUUCUACUCUGUCGUAUACGGUCGCUAUGAGUCAGAAUUCACUUGACGGCAAUGGGUUUUGUUUUUUGGUUUUAUAGGUCUGUUAUCUAUUAAAGAAAUUGAAUCAACAGUAACAGUGUCUCAAUACUGGCUCAUCAAUUAUAAUAAAUGUACCACGAUAAUAUGUUGGUAAUAGGAGAAACUGUGUGUGGGAGGAACUCUGUAAAACUGCUCUAAAAAAUAAAGUCUAUUAAAAAAAAAAAAUGGAGGACAUCUAGGUCAAUUGGCAUAAUAAAGUUUAUUAAGAAAAUGUUCUGCAUCCUACUCUAGUGAGUGGCAUUUGGGGACUUAAAAGCUUGCCAGUGCAUCUGGGGUCUUAAACGCUAGCAAGCAGCCAUCUAAGAUGCAUCGAUUGUUCUCAACACACCUGGAGCAAAGGAGAAUGAAGAACACCAAGGACACAAGGUGAUUAUGAGCCCAAGAGACAGAAAGGGCCACACAAAUCAGAGACUACGUCAUCCUGAGACCAGAAGAACUAGAUGGUGCCUGGCUACAACCGAUGACCGCCCUGAUAGGGAACACACAGAGAGACCCUGAUGGAGCACGAGAAAUGUGGGGUGCAGAACUCAAAUUCAUGUAAAAAGACCAGACUUAAUGGUCUGACUGAGAUUGGAGGAACCCCAGAAGGCAUGGCUGGAUGCUCUGUUAACCUAGAACUAAAACCAUUCCCGGAGCCCACUCUUCAGUCAAAGAUUAGACUAGAUUAUAAAACAUAAAAUAAUACUCGUUAAGAGUAUGCAUCUUAGUUCAUGCAGAUACACGAGACCAAAUGGGCAGCUCAUGUCAGGGGGCAGGAUGAGAAGGCAAGAAGGGACAGGAGCUGGUUGGAUGCACAUGGGAAACCCGGGGCGGCAAGGGGGAGUGUGUUGUUACAUUACAGGGAUUGCAACUAGUGCCACAUAACAAUGUGUGUGUAAAUUUUUGUAUGAAAAAUUAACUUGAGCUGUAAACUUCUACGUAAAGCACAAUUAAAAACAACAAAGAAAGUCCGUUUAAGGUCUUGGUGAAAAUAAACUCUUCUUUGAAUGAGUGGCAGUUAAAAGUACUUGUGGUUAACAGACCAUCACCAUAUGAGGCCAGAACAGUCAAAUUCCCCAGGCUUAGCAUGCCCCUUACCACUCAUCCAGUUUCAGCGUGUGGAGUGCCUGUCGGUCCUUCUGUCUUCUCUCCUGAACACUCUCUCCAUGGUGCUUCUGAAAUGCCAUCAACAGGCUUCCUAUGGGAGUGCUGAGGGGAAAGCAGGGGAAAGCUUAGGAAAAAAGCCACCAGACCAGCUAAGGCACAAUCAACUCCACUGAGCCACUUGUUCAUAAACAGCUACGCCAACAUUUGACAAUUAAAGCGUCCUUGUCAAAUAAAGAAAAAAUGCUGAGGCAAUUUCUCUCCUGGUCUGAACAACAAUCACUGCAAAUCUCUAAAGUCAACUGGUAUAAACAACAGAUCUAUAAAUUGGCCUCUUUUUUUUUUU